GUGCAUGCAUUCUAUUUGUCGCCUCAGACGUAGGCUUGUCCGCAUAUUAAUAUACAUUGAUGGAUAUAUAUCUAGCAAGCUAAUUCAUCUCCACCAUACCGAACCAUAACUUUGUACCACAAGCAAUCAUCAUGGCCAAACUCUCCACCACCAUGUUGACCGCCAUCGGCACCCUCCUUACUUUUUCAUCUCCACCACCAUCGUCACCGGCGACGACUGCAUCACUCCAGCUUGCAGUGGCACGCCUUACGCGAAGGCAUGUGUCUCCGUCCUGUCGGAGGCCCGACUCGUCAAGCCAAAAAUGUGCACCGACCUGCGUGGGCUGGCCGAGUUCGCGGUCCGAGUGACAGCUCAGUCGAUCUGGGAUGCAGGCUUCGACGCAAAGGCCGCGCUUUAUAACAUCGAGGACAUAUCUGAAGCCGAUGAGAGGUGCUUUAAAGACUGUGGUGUGAAGCUGCAAGACUUCUCCAAGGAACUAGAAAGCAAGACCAAUCUCGUUGGCGUCCGUACCUUCCUCGAUGAUGCCAAGACGAAGAACAUGGAAUUGAAUUGUGACGUGUGCCACCACGGGGACGACAAGAAGAAGGCCGAUGAUAUCUCACAGGGCAACAGGUCGGAGAAGAUGAUGGUGGUCCUUCCCGUGCUCAUCGACCGUGCCCUCCUAAAAUAAACCAAGACAACCCACCACGAACUAUACAUUGGCGCUGUCAUGAGUUCAAGUUCUAAAGUUAUUUUUCUUAAAAAGUACCUACUCUCUAGUUUACGAGUAAAGCAUUUAUUUAAACAUGAUGGCAUGUUCAUCUAUUUGCUGGGAGUUUAACAGUGUGCUAUAGUAUAUGUUCAUCAAUUUGUAUGUAAUACUAUUUAUUAUAGAUA